CGCUGUUGCUGUGCCUCCCCUAAGCCGAUGGGCUGCUCCUCCAGCCGCGUCGAGGCCCCGACCGAGACCGAGGAGCCGCUUCCCGUCCCUCGCGUGUACGGGUCUCUUAUCUACAACGACGCUUCGCAGGGCACGCUCGAGCUGCACCUCACCGCCGACUCGCCAGCAGAAGGCGCACUCGCAAUCUUCGAGACGCGGCAGGUGGACAAGGUGCCCGCGUGGAAGCUCUCGCGCAACCAGGGCCGCAGCGAGCUGAUGAAGGGCGUGGGUGGGCCGAGCUCGACGAAGUUCUACGAGGCGUGGACGCACUUUGUCAAGGCGUCGCGCUCCUACCCCGGCACUGUCACACACGUCGCCCAAAAGGAGCCGAAGCCGGUCGCGAUCUACGCGCUGCACAUGGCCGCUGCCGAGGAUUCUGGGCGCCGGGUCUCCCCGUCCGCGCAGCCUGUGCGGCGAGUGAGGCUGGGCGUGGCGACCGACCUGUCCGACGCGCACUUUGUGGCGGUCGUGCCGGCGGCAUCGCUCUGCUUCGACGGCGUGCAGGUGCUCUCCGCGAAGAUGUUUUCGCAAAAUGCAAAGGACGCGGGCGGGGUCGUGCUCGACUUGCUCGGAGACUCACAAGUCGGCGGGUCGCCGGCGGGCGGAUCGGACGAGAAGCUCCAGCAGCGCCUCGCCGAGCAGUCAGACAAGGUUGUCACGGGAGAGUCCGCCAUCAAGGACCCGGUCUCACGGAUCGCGUCGGAGUACUCGACGGAGAAGGACCCCACCCUCGUCAAGCGCCUCCGCCAGCAGUCCGAGAAGGUGGAGACGGGAGAGUCGGCCAUCAAGAUGCCCGAGGCGGCGGAGGCGCCGCCCAGCGAGGCGCCCGACUUUGAGGGCGGCGGCGGCGAGUCGCAGGCGGAGAUUGCCAAGAAGAUGUUACUUAGGAGGGCGCCAGGCGCGGGCGGUGUCGCGGGGUGUCGGCAUAAAAUAACACCUGCAACAUAACACGUGUAAAAUAAUCUUAAGAGCAUUAUUUUAUGG